CAGAACUUCUCAACAUCUCUGUUUAUAAGGCCCUACAUUUGGACUGAGAAGACACCUGAACUUUCUGAAUACUUUUUGAGGAAGGCAGAGGUCAUCUUCUCUCUGCUGACUUUGUGAGACUACCAGAGCACCACCAUUGUCCAGGUCAUCAUGGGAGUCAUGACUGUGUCUGUUCUUUUCUGUGUCCUCCUCACCUUCCUGGGGACCGAGGUGACUGGGAGGUCUCCCCUAUGGUAUCCCAAUUUACCCCAACCAGUGGAGAGAUUUGCAAGAAGAUCUGAACCAAUUAAAGAUCUGUACCAGUGUCCAUCUGGGUUUUCUCGACCCAACCAUUUCUGGAGCACUUGCUACCGUUUCGACAGCAGUUUGAAGUCAAUGUCGGCGGCAAAUAAUGCAUGCCGUCAAAGAGGUGGAUCCCUUGCUUCUAUCACUAACAGUAAGGUGUACGAGUAUGCUCUUUCCCUGGUAGAAGAUGGAUAUAUCUGGGUUAAGGGGAGCCAUGAGUCUGGAUUUCCCCAGAAGAACUGGUUGAAAGGCUCUGUGCGUGACCAGAAUGGAAAGCAUGAGGGCUGCUUGGCAUUGGUGAAAUUUGGUGAAAAAACAGGUUUUGAUGAUAUCAGCUGUUCCAGAGUGGACAACACCGCGUUCGCUCUCUGCGAGAUAGAAACGUCUUAAUUCUUCGUGUAAGAAGGCUAAACAGAGAGUGGAUUUUGCCAAAACUCUCUGAUUUUCUUUUUCUACUAUCGCACCAAAUUGUUCUGAAUUGACUUUAAGUCUAAUACUCAGAGACAAUAUCAUGAAAAGUGAUGUAAUAGCUACAGAUUCAUACAUAAUGAUACAUUGAUUCAAUUGUGUUUCACGUGGCCUUUUUUCUACUGAAAUUAAUAGUCUGGUUUUGCAAUGGAAUUGUCACUGUAGUAUUCUGGAAGCUAUCUUUAAGAUACUGUACCAAACAUGUGGGUACAUACAAAAAGGUUUGAUUCCCUUACAAUCCCAUUUCAAGAUGAAUUAUAUAAUUAUGAAAACAUACAGUUAUUCUCAAUACUUACGCUAACAGUGGAAAUAGUCUAUAUCCAUUAUAUCUGGAAUAUCUAUUGAAUUUGUGAAAUUGUUGUGCCAUGUACAUCCCUCCUUGCUUCCUUGCAUAUCUUUUUGAAUAAAAACAUUCAGCAUCA